GCGGAGCCGCUGUUUGUGCGCUCGGGGCCGCGCCGGGAGGGCCCGGAGGACCGCGGUGCCGUCGCGCCCAGCCCGGCCAUGGCCGCCCGCGGGGCCCAGCGGCCCAACGGGCACUCGCAGCCCAGUAAGAUCUGCCAGUUCAAACUGGUGCUGCUGGGAGAGUCGGCCGUGGGCAAGUCCAGCCUGGUGCUGCGCUUCGUCAAGGGCCAGUUCCACGAGUACCAGGAGAGCACCAUCGGCGCGGCGUUCCUGACGCAGUCCGUGUGCCUGGACGACACCACGGUGAAGUUUGAGAUCUGGGACACGGCGGGGCAGGAGCGCUACCACAGCCUGGCCCCCAUGUACUACCGGGGGGCCCAGGCUGCCAUCGUGGUCUACGACAUCACCAACCAGGAGACGUUUGCCCGUGCCCGGGGCUGGGUGAAGGAGCUGCAGCGCCAGGCCAGCCCCAGCAUCGUCAUCGCCCUGGCCGGCAACAAGGCUGACCUGGCCAGCAAGAGGAUGGUGGAGUACGAGGAGGCCCAGGCCUACGCUGACGACAACAGCCUGCUGUUCAUGGAGACCUCGGCCAAGACAGCCAUGAACGUCAACGACCUCUUCCUGGCCAUCGCCAAGAAGCUGCCAAAGACGGAGCCGCAGAGCUCGAGCGGGGCCGGGGGCCGGGGCCGGGGCGUGGACCUGAGCGAGCAGAGCCCGCAGGGCCGCGGGCAGUGCUGCAGCAACUGAGGGAUCUGCUGGGAUCUACUGGGAUCCACUGGGAUCCACUGGGAUCCACUGGGAUCAGAGCACAGCCAGGAUCCACCGGGACUGAACCCAGACCCAGCCCGCAGUGGGCUGGGGCUGCGGCAACUGAGGAAUCCCAUGGGAUCCACUGGGAUCAUAGCCAGGAUCCAGCCCAAAUCCAGCUGGGAUUACAGCCCAGAUCCAGCCCAGAUCCAGUUGGGAUCACAGCCAAGCUCAAGCCCAGAUCCAGCCUGGAUCAAGGCAGGAUCCAGCCCCAAUCCAGCCCGGAUCCAGUUGGGAUCACAGCUGGGAUCCACCGGGAUUGAACCCAGAUCCAGCCCACAGGGUCGUGGCCAGCGCUGCAGCAGCUGAGGGAUCCAGCAGGAUCCAGCCAGAUUCCAGUGAGGAUCCCAGCCCAGAUUCCAGCCCCAUUCCCAGCCAGGAUCCCACCAGAUCCCACCAGAUCCCAGCUCCAUCCCCGCCCUGGGACUCUGCCCGAGCUCUCUCCCAGCACCUUUUGAAGCUU